AUCACAGUCAUAACAGUGAUGUAUUAUGACAAUAUGUCACAAUCUGCACAUGUACUUCAGACUGGUAUUGAAAUUACUCCCACAGCAUGGAGGAAACGCUGGUUUGUGCUUCGCAGAGGUCGCAUGAGCGGUAAUCCUGAUGUGCUGGAGUACUAUCAAAGUAAGAACUCCAAAAAGCCAAUCCGCACAAUUGACCUGAAAGAGAGAGAGGUCGAAAUGCUGAACGGGGAAAUCAGGAUAAAGAGAGACUUCAAUGGGAAACAUCUCUUUGUGGUGAAGACGUCAUCUCGCGUUUUUUACCUGGUGGCCAAAACUGAGGAGGAGAUGAACAGCUGGAUCAGUAGCAUCAGUCAGAUUUGCCACUUUGGGAGCCUGGAGGAUGCGGAGGGCUCAGAAGAAGGCUCUCCUCACACCCCCACCUCCGUUCAGCUGUCACCUGACAGCUCUGACCAAGCAUCUCUAUCAAGCCAACUAGAUUCCAGUCAUCCACUAGACUACCUCUUUUUGUCACAAUGUGAGACAGGGAGUUUACACAUUAGUAGACAUGACAGCUGUUCAAACUCUGAGAUCUCUCUGGAGCAAAAGUCAUCAGACGAUGCUGUCAAGGAAACCGUCCCUUCACCACUUUGCUCCGAUACCUUUUCAUUCUCCAUCUCUCAUGCUAGCCCCAGCCCAUCUCUUUUCUCCCUUGUAAAGUUAACUAACCCACCUUUCAGCGCUCCAUGCAUCUCCAUGGCUAUACCGUCAUCCUCUUCCUCUCCAUUAUGUUGCGGUGACACAAGUGUCUUCCAGUUUGACACACCUUAUUCUUCAGCAUCAUUUGAGGCAAUGAGUGACCGACAAACACCCCCUCCGCUGCCACCCAAACCUAAUCACCCCUCAGAGCAGCUAAGUGAGGAAAGAGCUGACAGGAUGAGGGCAACAAGCAUGCGGCAUUUCCCAAGCCAUGCUGCAUUAUUUCCCCGGAGGACCUCUUGGUCAGGCCUGGACCACUCUGGAAUAGGAGAUGCUGAAAACAGAUUGAUAAGAAACAGAAGGCAGAGUCUUAAUUUGCCUUGUUUAAAUACCACACGAGUUCAAAUCUACCAGGAUGAGUCAUAUGUUCCCAUGGCUUCCCCUUCUCCCUCUAUUACCACUGUUGAAUGUGACGAUUACAUCCCAAUGAGCCCUGGCACAUUCAGCUUUCUCAAUACAAACUGCAAUGCUGAGUCCUCUGCGCCUCUCAGGCCACUAAUGUGUCAACCUGGAGAUCUCGCACCACCUCCAAUUCACCGGCAUCUUAAGCCUCGAUUGAGGAGAGCUCGACCCCCACCUCUUGACUUGACAGGCCUUUCUACAAUCACAGAAUGUCCCACUCAUCUUCCUUUGAACAGAGCAAUGAUCACAUCAUGUUUUUCAGAGAACUAUUCAUCUUUCGAAAGAAGACUUGAGAAUGCUGACAGUCCAAGAGAUAAAGAUACUAAUUGCACUGCAAUGGAGUCAAGUCGAUGGUUCAGUCUCACCGUUGAUGGAGCAGUUCAGCCAUGGGCAAGAAGCUCAAACCUCGACUAUCUGUCAUUGGAUUUCAAUUCUGCAUCACCCUCUCCUGUGCAGAAGCAGAAGCCCUUUCUGUCUGAUGAGUACAGAGUGGAUUACGUACAGGUGGACGAGAAGAAGACUCGGGCGCUGCAAAACACCAAAAUGGAGUGGACAGAUGUUCGUCAAAAAUAUAAAUGAAAAUGAUAUGAUGAAAAAAAUCUGGGACAGUUUGGUUCAAGAAAAGCAAUAAUACCAGCAAAGCAGACAGAUAUGAAGAGGACCAGCAACAAUUUAAAAGGACUAUAAAAACCGCCAAAAAAAAGAGAGAGAAAGGACCAGAGAAAAUAAGCAGCUGCUUGUUUGCGUACUGGAAGCACAAAACUGCAUUGUAAAAAGUUAACUCUUAGCAGAUGCAUUAAGGUUGCCAAUCAUGCACUAUUCACUGUGAUUUCUACUGUAGUUUAAUGUUUUACCAAAUUUUAAAAGGGGUAUCACACUGCUUCUUUGUAAAAAUGAAAGACACUUAAUGUAAAUGUAUGUAUAGUUAUUGUGACUGUAAAGAAGAAAGAUUUUAAUGACAAAAUACUUUUGUAAUAUUUCUCUCCCUCAUUAUGCAUCAUGACCAGAAAUGAUCCAUCCUGAGUUUUCUCCUUCUGUUAAAAUCCUCCCGGGGCUGGUAGUUUGAGUUUCAUAAAGGCUAUAAAAUGACUCAAAGCUAUUUCUCAAUAAUGCAUGCAGCAUUCUCUGCAUUCUGUGUGCAGAGUUUCUUGUGCUACUAAAAUAGCUGUUCAUUAAAGUGCAAACCUUUGCUUUAAAACUGUUACACCUGGGUGGAAAAUAGGCAGCAAAAUAAGCAAAGGAUUUUAUUGUGUAAUGUAAUCUGUAUAGUGUAAUGUACCCACUUGAAUGUUGACAUUUCCACAGUGAACACAGACAUGCUUGUCAUGGAUUAUCCCUUAGCUACAU